GAACUGCCCCAUAGGGUUUCCAAGGAGCAGCUGGUGGAUUUGAACUAGCCUACAUUUUGAUUAGCAGCCAAGCUCUUAACCACUGUGCCACCAGGGCUCCUAAGAAACCCUGUGGUGCAGUUCUGCUCUGUUCUAUAGGCUCUCUCUGAGUCAGAAUCAACUCAACAGCACAGAACAACACUUACCAUUAAAUUGGAAAUGCUGGUGGCAUAGUAGUUAAGUGCUACAGCUGCUAACCGUAAGGUUGGUGGUUCAAAUCUACCAGGUGCUCCUUGAAAACUCUAUAGGGCAGUUCUAUUCUGUCCUAUAGGGACACUGUGAAUCAAAUUGACUCGGUGGCAAUGGGUUAACAUUAAAUUAUCCUCAUUUAUAUAUAUAUAUAUAUUUUUUUUAUAUUAAUGUGUUCUCUCCAACUAGACAGUAAACUGCUUGAGGACAGGGAUAAAUCCGGUCUUGUCUGUUUUGAAUUCCUCCCCUCUCCUCCAGAAUCAAAAUGCAUAGUGUAGUGCUAGGCUGUAGUAAGCAUUCCCAUUACUUGAUUAUCACUUAGAUUCUUAAUACACUUAACUUAGUCUCAGGAGAAAGCUGUGGCAGUCUGCUUCCAGAAAUAUUGUAGCUUUGGAAAUCCUACAGGGCAGUUCUACUCUGUUCUAUAGGAUCGCUAUGAGUCGGAAUCAAAUCAACGGCAACAGGUUUGGAUUUUUUUUAUUAUUAUUAUUCACUUAUUAUUAUAAACCAUAUUUAUAUACACCCUAACUUUGAUUUUCUGUUGACUGUGUUUUUACAGUAGGAGAAUUAAAGGAAUGUGAUGUGAUGAUGCGAUGCUAUAGUAAGCAGUAAGAUUUCCUAUUUCGCCAUGUUAAAAAAGAAGGGUCAUUCAUCCAAAAAAGAUAAUUUAGCGGUCACUGCAGUUGCGUUACAAGAUCACAUUUUACAUGAUCUUCAACUUCAAGGUCUUUCAGUAGCGGAUCACUCUGAGAUAAAGGUACAGAAGAAAGAGAACAAAUCCAAAUCUCUGAAAAGAGAGGCAAAAGCAAUAAUAGAUACUGGACUUAAAAAAGCUACACAGAGCCGUAAGGUGGAAGACCCAGAAAAGGAGUAUGUUCUUGAUCUAAAACCUGCACCUUUAACUUUAGCACAGAAGUUGGGUCUGUUUGAACCUCCUCCAUUGCCACUAUCAACAGAGGAAUGGGAAAAAGUGAAACAAAGAUCCAUCAUGCAAGGGGAUUCUCUGCAUCCGUGCCCAAUCUGUAAAGAAGAGUUUGAACUUCAUCCUCAGGUGCUGCUUUCAUGUUCCCAUGUAUUUCACAGAGCAUGCCUUCAGGCUUUUGAAAAGUUCACAAAUAAAAAAACCUGCCCUCUCUGUAGAAAAAACCAGUAUCAAACCAGAGUGAUUCAUGAUGGAGCCCGGUUAUUCAAAGUCAAGUGCGCCACAAGAAUCCAAGCCUAUUGGAGAGGACAUAUUGUUAGAAAAUGGUACCGAAACCUGAGGAAAACCGUACCACCCAAAGAUGCCAAAUUAAGGAAAAAAUUCUUUGAAGAAAAGUUCACAGAAAUCAGUCACCGAAUAUUAUGUUCAUAUGAUACAAACAUAGAUGAGCUCUUCUCAGAAAUUGAGCACUGCUUAGCUGUAAACAGAGGCAUCCUUCAGCAGCUGGAGGAAAAGUGUGGUCGUGAAAUUACAGACGAAGACUGGGAGAAAAUUCAAAUUCAGGCACUACAUCAGGAGAUCAAUGAAUGCUCCAUCUGCCUCACCCCACUCUCAUUUAACAGCAAUUUCCAAAGUGCAUCCUCGGGGAACAGUCCGAACCAGCGUUCUCGGGAGACAGUUCUCUUGUCUUGCUCACAUAUGUUCCAUCACACUUGUCUUCUCGCUUUAGAAGAGUUUUCCUUGGGAGAGAUACACACUUGUCCUCUGUGCCGCUCUUGCUAUCAAAAGAAAAUUCUUGAAUGCUGAAUUCAUAUUCAGGAAAAAUAAUAUAAUUCUGGGGAAAAAUUUACCUUAAUUUUUUAAGAAUUACAAUGAGUUUGGGGUUAAGUACUAUAGUAUAAGUGGUUCGGCAAAGAAAUAAGCUAUUAGUAGUUGUGCAUAAGAUCUCACUACAUUUUAAAAGCUGGCUACUCAUUCAGUUUUAGUCUUUCGUCUUUAAGAAGCAAGUUCAAAUUCAUGAGUUUAGUAAGUUGAAAUAAAUGAAGAGUUGGCAGAAAAUUGAGACUCAGAGGUUCUAUAAUUUACUGAUUUGCUAUGCUUCUAAUCGAUCAGUUGGGAUUGCUUAUAAGAACAUUAAAAUUACUGACCACUUGUCAGUUCCGAUUGGUACCAAGUGGGUUUACCAGAAUUUCUGUAGCACACUAUCUCUGAGGCCAGACCCAAGUGCAUUGUUACUUAAAAUAAUAGUAGCUAGUGUCAGAUCGACAAACUAGCAAAGUAAAAGCACUCUUUAAAUAUGUUCUAA